GCCGUGUCCCGUAAGCCGUCGCGUAUUCUCUGGUUCGUUAUAAAGCACCCUGAUAUAACAUAUUGAUCUUGCAGUUUGGGUGAUCCAAUUCCGACCAAAGCCCGGAUUUAGAAUGCCGCGCGCCACUCCCCGUGCUCUUCCUUUGCGCGCUCGCUUGUUCUUGUUCUGCCUUGUCUGCUGUCCUUUCAUUCCCUCUGUUGCUCCUCUGUCCUUCAAUAUAGACAGCUUCGACACGGAUUUGAGCGACAUAUUGUACGAGGGAGUUGCGGAACUCGCCAUCCAGGGAGUUGAUCUCACCAAACUCUAUCCUCGGCAACCCUACAAGGUGGGCCGGAUUCAGUAUGCCAAGCCCGUCCCCAUAUGGGAUCCUGUCACGGGGCGCCAAGCCGACUUCUCAACCUAUUUCUCGUUCACCAUCGAGACUGACGGCUCUGCUCACUACAGCGAUGGCCUGGCCUUUUUCCUCGCUCCUGUGGGGUUCCCAAUCCCGCCCAACUCGGAGGGCGGAUUCCUGGGAUUGUUCAACGCUAGCACGGCGAAAGAGGGGCAUCAGAACCGGAUAGUCAUGGUCGAGUUCGACACUUAUGUGAAUCGGGAUUUCGAUCCCCCCAUGCAUCACAUAGGAAUAAAUAUAAACUCGCUCUCAUCGGUCGUUCAUGACAGCUGGAAUCCCGCAAAUCACAGCGGGAAAGCGACUGAUGUUCUCGUGACCUACAAUUCUACGAGCAAGAACCUCAGUGUGUUCUGGUCGUUCGACGACAAAAAAACCUAUACCCUGCUUUCUUACCUAAUCGAUCUCGCGAGUGUCCUUCCCAAAUCAGCAGCAAUCGGAUUUUCAGCUUCUUUUGGCUUCCAUGUAGAGAGACACAGCAUCAAUUCAUGGAAGUUCACUUCGAAUUUGGAGGUGAACUCGAAACCUCGCUGGCUAAGGAUACCGGCCGUGGUUCCUGUGGCAUGUUUUUUACUGGUGAUCUUUGCAGGGUCUUGCUUUUUUUCGGUCAAGAGGGGCGAAAAAUAUGGUUUCCGUGCCCUCACCGACAUCGCCCUCACCGACAUCGAUAAAGAGAUUGGCGCAUUGCCUGCGAAGUUCACUUAUCAGGAGUUGCUCGUGGCGACCAACGACUUCGCAGACGAUAGAAAGCUCGGCCAAGGUGGGUCUGGCCAAGUCUAUAAAGGGUUCUUGAGACAUUCAGACCGCCUGGUCGCCGUCAAAAGGAUCUUUGCGGAGUCCCGACACUCCGAGAAGGUCUUUGUCAACGAGGUGAAGAUCAUGAGCCGAACGAUACACAGAAACCUGGUGCCGUUUGUUGGGUGGUGUCGAGAGGAAGGUGAGUUCUUGCUUGUCUACGAUUACAUGCCCAACGGCAGCCUCAAUCACCACCUCUUCGGGGCCCGGAGAAGACUGCCGUGGGACGUGCGGUACAGCGUGGCGCUCGGCCUCGCGUCCGCCCUCAACUACCUCCACGAGGAGCUCGAGCAAUGUGUGCUCCACCGCGACAUAAAGGCAGCCAACGUGCUGCUCGACACCAACUUUACCACCAAGCUUGGCAACUUCGGAGUGGCCAAGCUCGUUGACCCCCGGUUCAAGACUCAGACGACAGACAUGGUCGGGACUUGCGGGUAUCUAGCGCCAGAGUACUUCAUCGGAGGGAAGGCCACGAAGGAUUCCGACAUGUUCAGCUUCGGCGUUGUGGCCCUGGAGAUCGCGUGUGGCCGGAGGAGCUACGAGGACGGAGAGAUCCAGGUCCCGCUGCACAAAUGGGUCUGGCAACUCUACCUCGCCGGCAACAUCCUAGGCGCGGCCGAUGAAGCGAUGUGCUCGGGGUUCCAGAGGGAGGAAGUGGAGUGCCUGAUGAUGGUGGGGCUGUGGUGUGUGCACCCAGACCCUGCGAGACGGCCGAGGACAGGGCAAGUGAUCAGGUUCCUCCGGCUCGAGGACUCGGUCCCGGAGCUCCCACACGGCGCUUUCGACGGCCCAGUUUCGUAUCGGCCAUCGGCUUCGCAAUUAGGAAUGAUGGAAUCUCCAUCUGCUCCUAUCCAGGAAUCUGUGUCUAUUAAUGAGGCUGCUUCGGAGGAGUGUAGGCUCUUUCCACCGGAUAGUCGAAGAGACGAUGUACCUGACAAUGUUACUCGUUCAUCAUAGCUCCGCCACUGCUGCUGUUGGAGAUAAUUAGGGAUUUCUCAAGGAUAAUUUUCUAUGUUAGAGGUAUUUGAUAAUUAUCUCGAUCCUAUGUUAUCUCUUUCAAGAUCGCACGUACACCUCCCUUUGAUUGUGCAUAUUUUGAUCGAUAUAUGUUUCCUUAGCCUAUAAAUAAACCGAUAUACUCUUCGUUACGA